AUGAGGGUGACUAACCCGAGGAACAACAAAAGAUACUCAGUGCCCUUUCUUGUGUUUGAUGAUGAGAGGCAACCUAUUUUAGGUUACCAGACGAGUGUGCAAAUGAACCUCAUACAAGUUCAACGUGACAACUUCGACGUGGUCGCUGCAAGGUCCACACAAGAUGCCUUCGCAGAGGUUUAUGAUAAGAAGCUGGGAAAACUACCCGGUACCCAGCAUCGUAAUGUUCGUGCUGGUGCGAUACCUGUGGUGAUGGCCAACAGGAGAGUCCCCAUCGCGGUGCGACCGAAACUAAAGAUGAAGCUGGAGAGGCUGAAGGAGAACCCGCUGGAGUGGUCGGUGGACGACGUCGCCCGAUUCAUCGAGAACACAGAGUGCGCUCACAUGUCUCGCAUCCUCAGGGAACAGGAGAUUGACGGUCAGGCGCUGCUGCUGCUCAACCUGCCUACGGUGCAGGAGCACCUUGAACUGAAGCUAGGGCCCGCCGUAAAGCUAUGUCAUCACAUAGAGAGGGUCAAGGUCGCUUUCUUCACACAGUCAAGCGACGUCGCCGGCAGCGCUCGUGCAAGUGCCAAUCGCACGAUGUAA